GUCAGGAUGAUCACAGACGUGCAGCUCGCCAUCUUCGCCAACAUGCUGGGCGUGUCGCUCUUUCUGCUUGUGGUUCUCUAUCACUACGUGGCCGUCAACAAUCCCAAGAAGCAGGAAUGAAAGUGGCGCUUUCUCCGCCCCAGGGUUCCAGGACAUAGGCUGAGGCAAGAUGGAGGGUGUGAGGGGCCUUCACACUUCACUUCAUCCCUCUACCCAUCACAACAUACAAAGCAACUACACCUGGAUUUUUCCAAACAACUUUUAUUUCCUCAAAGUCUUCCUUAACCCUAUGGAACAAGAAGCUGCCACUGAGUAGGGCCCAGUAUAGGGGCUUUUUCUACUCCCUCCCCCCAAUAUAAAAAUAUAGAUAUAUAUUUUU